UGGAGUAGCCGGGAGCUCCCAGGCAGGAGGAACGUGACCCCUCUAACGCUUUCCUUCAGACUCGCUGGCCUCGGGGGAUGAUGAUGAAGACAGCGACGGGGACGGUUCCCUCGGUGAUUCAAACGAGGAGCCCACUUACCGCAGAGCCCCGUAUUGGACGCAGCCGCAGCGGAUGGAUAAGAAGCUGUACGCCGUCCCUGCGGGAAACACGGUCAAGUUCCGCUGUCCGGCCUCAGGGAGUCCCAACCCCAGCAUCCGCUGGCUAAAGAACGGGCGGGAGUUCCGGGGCGAGCACCGCAUCGGCGGCAUCCGGCUCCGGCCCCAGCACUGGAGCUUGGUCAUGGAGAGCGUGGUGCCCUCCGACCGGGGGAACUACACCUGCCUGGUGGAGAACCAGGCUGGCAGAAUCCGCUACAGCUACUUGCUGGACGUGUUAGAGAGGUCCCCGCACAGGCCCAUCCUGCAGGCCGGGCUGCCUGCCAACACCACAGCGGUGGUGGGCAGCGACGUGGAGUUCUUCUGCAAGGUGUACAGCGACGCCCAGCCCCACAUCCAGUGGCUCAGGCACAUCGAGGUGAAUGGCAGCAGCUUCAGCCCCGAUGGGGUGCCCUACGUCCAGGUGCUCAAGACAGCCGACAUUAACAGCUCGGAGGUGGAGGUGCUGUACCUGCACAACGUCUCCAGGGAGGAUGCUGGGGAAUACACCUGCCUGGCCGGGAACUCCAUCGGCCUGUCCUACCAGUCAGCCUGGCUCACCGUGCUGCCAGCAGAGGAGCUGGUGCGGGAGGUGGAGGCCCCCGAGACCAAGUACACCGACAUCAUCAUCUACACGUCGGGCUCCCUGGCCGUGGCCAUGGCCGCCGUCAUCGUGGUGCUGUGCCGGAUGCAGACCCAGGCGAGCAAACAGCCCCUGGAGCCCGUGGCCGUUCACAAGCUCUCCAAGUUCCCGCUCAUCAGACAGGUACGUCCGGGCAGAGGGAGGCUGCGGGCCCCCGGCGGGUCAUGGACGCUCUGCGCUGGGCACAGCCGCCUGCUGAGUCUGCAGGGCCAGGGCCCGGCUGCAGUGUGUGCGGGCUACUGCCCGGCGCCGCGUCUGGCUGUGACCUCCCGCCGGGGCUACUGCCCAGCGCCGCGUCUGGCUGUGACCUCCGGCCGGGGCCGGGGCCGGGGCCCGGCGCCGC